GUUUCCUACAAUCGGGGAUCUCGCGCGAGCUGUUUGAGAUGUGGUGUCCCAAUCCCAAAAACACUUGUCUCAUCGCCGGUUAUGCGGUGGAGGGCACCUUAGCCAAGCACGUGAUGUCAGAGCCAACAGAGAUCACCGCCAUGAACGGUCACAAACUGCCUCUGCGCAUGGAAGUGCGGUACAUCUCCUUCGCCGCACACGCAGACUAUUCACAGACACGGCAGUUCAUAGACGAACUCAGGCCACCACACAUUGUGCUGGUGCAUGGGCAGGCUAAUGAGAUGAUGCGUCUGCAGCAG